CAAAGCUUGAUCUCCCUGUCUAUCUAAACAGUGAUUCACUUACAGCAAGCUUCAGGCUAGCAUUGACCAUAUUAAUACCCAGAAAAUCCACAAGGUGUUAGUUUCACAUAGUUUUGUAUAAAAGGUGAACUGAGAUUUCACUCAGACUACAGCUCUUCCCAGGCAAGGCAGUCGACCACAGAUCAGGAUGAAGACAGUCCAGCUUUGCUUCCUUUUCUGCUGCUGGAAAGCAAUGUGCUGCAAUAGCUGUGAGCUGACCAACAUCACCAUUGCAAUAGAGAACGAAGAAUGUCGUUUCUGCAUAAGCAUCAACACCACUUGGUGUGCUGGCUACUGUUACACCAGGGAUUUGGUGUUUAAGGACCCAGCCAUGCCCAACAUCCAGACAACAUGUACCUUCAAGGAACUGGUGUACGAGACAGUGAGAGUGCCCGGCUGUGCUCACCAUGCAGACUCCUUGUAUACGUACCCAGUGGCCACCCAGUGUCACUGUGGCAAGUGUGACAGUGACAUUACUGACUGCACAAUGCAAGGCCUGGGACCCGACUACUGCUCCUUCAGUGAAAUGAAAGAAUAAAGGACAGAUGAUAUUUUCGGCCACCUACCCUUGUCCUGCAGGACCCAUAUAUUCAAAAAGUCUGUGUGUGUGCAAUGUGCCCAGGGUGCAAACCGGACCAGGGGAUUGUCAGACUCUAGGGAUCCCUGGUCUACAGGCAGAGGGAACUCCGGGAUCUGAGAGUGCUGGGGCCAGGACUCUAUCACCAUUCAGCUCUGUAUUCCUAGGUCUGGUUUCAUAAGGUUUAUUCAGCCGUAACUCACAGACUUGUGCAUGGUUUCUUCCUGAAAAAUCUUAGAAGUCUUCUGAGACAAUGCCUUUCUCUUAGAAAGGGGUAAACAUAAGCCUAGAAGGAGGAAGCCAUCAUGGGAGUAGGUGAAAGAACUAACUGUAGCAGUCUUCUGGUAGACUCUUGGGCCCUCUAGAGCAAGUCAGCAUCUUCUUGAGCAUUGUAGCCUCAAUGCCUAGCACUCUGCCUGGAACUUAGUGAGAAACACCAUAAUGGCUUCUUUAGAUCAGAAAGGUCAAACGUAGGAAAAUGCUGGAAGAAGAUGUUUGAGGUAAGCUGAUGAGGCUGCCCCCAGCCACACCAGUCCCGUGAAAGUAGUGGCAUGAGUUCUACCCAGGCUUCCCUCCGACACAUGGAGUAUUGAGCAUGAUGUAUGUCUCUGAAUUGUUCAGUACAGAUGGGGAGUAACACAGCUUAGGAUUUCCCAGCUGUCACUACCAAGCCUAUUAGUUAAGGCAAGAAAUUUUAAUCUGGGGCUGCGGAAAUCAGCCUGCCUCUAUUCAUUACUUAAACAAAUUGAUCAUAUGUUACUAGGCUCCUGCAAAACUCCUUUUUGAGAUAAAGGGAAAAAAAACAAAAAAAUAACAAUCUCAUUCUUCCCUCCCUAGGAUCCAAUUCUUUGGAAUGACAAAGGAUUUGAAAGUAGGUUUGAAUAAAUGUAUUUAACUUGUCUACAAAUAUAUUUGUAUAAAGAAAUAGCUCCUUUAGAAAGAAUUAGCCAUGGGGAUAGGGGAAACUGCUGUUUUCUAGGAUCCUAUCUAUAUCAGUCUUCUCUUUCAUCUAUCCAUGUUCUCCCAAAUCUGUGAUUUCUUUCAAAAGGUUAUGUAUUAACUAUUUCAUGAGUUGAUUUCUUUUAAAGAUGUUAACCAUCUUAGUUAUGUACUUAGUUUCACACUCAUAUUAACUAAUUUAUUUAAAUCUUAUUUUUUAAAUAAAGAUGCUGGCCACCAGAGUCAUAGAUUUGGAUUAUGUACAAACAGAUGACUUAGACAUUGUGUAUUUUAUAACAUUAGCAGAAUGAAAUCUUAAAAUAUAAUUCCCAGUGCUUCUACAAAAAUUACCUUUCUUCAUCUUUGGAGAUACUAAAAAUAAUCUUGUUGGA